CCCGAACAGCGUUGUUCUCGGUAAAUAAAUCCCAAGUCCCUUCUAAAAUAAAUUUCAAUUUCAAUUAAAAAUGUCGAAAUCAAUCGUCCGAAGGGCCGGUGUAAUGUUAAUAGUGUCGUGAUACAUAAAGUGUGUGUGUCUGAAAGAUGGACCAUAAAAAGAGUCCCAUGCGAAGGACUAAACGUCAGUCUAAAGUGUUAGAAGAUAAUUAUUGGGAUUGCAGUGUUUGCACUUACAGAAAUAAUGCAGAGGCUUUCAAGUGCUUGAUGUGUGACGUUAGAAAAGGAACUUCAACGCGCAAGCCGCGAAUAAACCCAGCGCUCGCGGCCUCCCAGCAGCAGGCAGGUCCCGCGUCAGCCACGGCGGCGGCUCCGGGCGGCGGUAAGGACACCGCCGUCCCCGCAGCAGCCGGAGGCUCGGUCAAAAGAUCCCAUCACCACCACCACCAUCACAGACAUCGACAUUCGAGAGGGAGCAGCGCCUCUUCGACGGCCAGCAGCAACUCCAAACGCCUUCAUCAGUCUCAUCCGCCGAGGUUGAAGAAUGUGGACAGGAGCUCGGCUCAGACGAGGGAGGUUACGGUCAAUAGUGUGACGGUUGUGAUAACGGAGUAUAAGCCGAUUGCUGUGACGCAACUGCAGCAGCAGCAAAAUGCGGCGGCGUCGAGUGAGUCCAGUGAUAGGGGUAGUUUGAGCGAAUCCAGCGAUGCCACGAGGUCUUGAUAUCGGGAAGACGGGGAGGAGAAUGAUCGUGGAACUGAUUUGUGAGAUUU